UUUCCCCGCGCUCGGCCGGCGGCGCUGUUAGAAGUGCGAGUGGAGCGCCCAGCUAAGGGCUCGGCUGGAGCGAGGGGGAGAAACGGCCGAGGAGGAAACGGGGAAGAAAGGAAGGCGGCCGGGGGACGGCCGGGCCGGGCGGGGAGAAGCGGAGCGAAUCCCAUGGCCGCCGAGGAAGUCACCGGGGGCGCGCGGAAGGCCACCAAAAGCAAACUUUUCGAGUUUCUAGUCCAUGGGGUGGUUGGCUCUCUCUUAUCCAAGUUCUUAUGGCAGCAAGCCAGUCCCAGGGAGAUGCGUGUCCAGAUGAAGGAGAAGCCCAUCGUGUGCAACUCCCACUCCUGUCGGUGUUGUUAGGUUUGGGCAAUGAAGAGGCAGGAGACCACGUCCUGGGAUGCCAUCCGGUGCUCGCAUGCCCCACCAGGGGGCCCCGAUGGGUCCCCCAGGCCCACCCUACGUCGGAAGUCCCUCGGUGCGCCCCGGGAUGCCGCAAGCAGUGAUGGAGCCCACGCGCAAGAGGGCAGCCCCCCAGCCGCAGCCACAGCAGCCACCACAGGCACAGACGCAGACGCAGCAACAACAACCACAACAGUCGCAACAGCAGCAGACGCAAACGCAGGGAGCUGCCCCGCAGAGCAGGUCCCGGAGUGCCAAGAGGAGGAAGAUGGCAGACAAAAUCCUCCCUCAAAGGAUCCGAGAGCUGGUGCCUGAAUCUCAGGCCUACAUGGACCUGCUGGCCUUCGAGCGGAAGCUGGACCAGACCAUCAUGCGGAAGCGGGUGGACAUCCAGGAGGCCCUGAAGAGGCCCAUGAAGCAAAAGCGAAAGCUGCGCCUCUACAUCUCCAACACCUUCAACCCGGCCAAGUCAGAUGCCGACGAUUCGGACGGCAGCAUCGCCUCCUGGGAGCUGCGGGUGGAAGGGAAGCUGCUAGAUGAUCUCAGCAAACAGAAGCGGAAGUUUUCCUCUUUUUUCAAGAGUUUGGUCAUUGAACUGGACAAGGACCUCUACGGACCGGACAAUCACCUGGUUGAGUGGCACCGGACUCCCACCACCCAGGAGACGGACGGCUUCCAGGUGAAGAGACCGGGAGAUGUCAGUGUGCGCUGCACCCUCCUGCUCAUGCUGGAUUACCAGUACGUGGAAGCCUUGAGCAGAUCCAGGAAAGCCACCUCGAGGAAGGCCGGGAGCGAGUGCAGACGGGCCGUUGGGGCUGAGGGGUCCCGGGGUCCCCGUUGGGAAGACCGGCGAGAGAGGCUGGCCCUGCUGGAUGGGCCGGCCGGAGGGGGGCCUGUUGCCCUAAAGCCCUCCGGCCUUCUGGAUUUCAAGGAGACCCUCAGUUGCCCAAGGGGACCCUUGGGGUCGGCUCUCUGUCCGCAGCCUCCCCAGUUCAAGCUGGACCCUCGCCUGGCCCGCCUGCUGGGCAUCCACACCCAGACCCGCUCGGCCAUCAUCCAGGCCCUCUGGCAGUACAUCAAGACCAACAAGCUGCAGGACUCUCACGACAAGGAGUACAUCAACUGCGACAAGUACUUCCAGCAGAUCUUUGACUGCUCCCGGCUCAAGUUCUCCGAGAUCCCACAGAGGCUGACCAACCUGCUGCUGCCCCCGGAUCCCAUUGUGAUCAACCACAUCAUCAGCGUGGACCCCAAUGACCAGAAGAAGACGGCCUGCUAUGACAUUGAUGUGGAGGUGGAAGACCCCCUAAAAGGGCAGAUGAGCAGCUUCCUGCUCUCCACCGCCAACCAGCAGGAGAUCACCGCCCUGGACAACAAGAUCCAUGAAACCAUCGAGUCCAUCAACCAGCUGAAGAUACAACGAGAUUUCAUGCUGAGCUUCUCCAAAGACCCCAAGGGCUACAUCCAGGACCUCCUCCGCUCCCAGAGCAGGGAUCUCAAGGUCAUGACCGACGUGGUAGGGAACCCGGAAGAGGAGCGGAGGGCAGACUUCUACCAGCAGCCGUGGUCCCAGGAGGCCGUGAGCAGAUACUUCUACUGCAAGAUCCAGCAGCGCCGGCAAGAGUUGGAACAGUCUCUGGGGGUGCGCAACACAUAAACAUCUCCUGGCCCAGGUUCCCCCCUAUUCCCUGUCUCCCCUCCCCCAUUCCAUCAAGCAUGGACUUUUUUGUGUUCCAUCACCUGACCCUCCUGCUGAGGAUGGGCCGGCUCCGGGACUGGGAGUCCCACCACAGCACCGGCAUCACCAGCUUUAGAGUCUGCCUCCUCCCCACCCCCCUCCUCCAGCUCAGGACGAGGAGAGAUCUCGACCCAUCACAUAUCCCCAUCGUGGAUCAUCGUGGAUCGUGCGUGGGCUGUGCAGAGGGAGGAAGCAAGGAGCCCGGCCCACAGCAGGGGGCUCCUAGGCCUUCCUCUCAGUCUCACUACGGCUCUGUCCUGUGGUUAGCCUGCCUCUUUGUGCUUCGGUGCCAAGGCUUCUGGAUCAGGUAUUCCUGGGAUCCAUUUGCUGCAAACGGUCUCAGCAAUAACCAUCAGCCUGGCUGUAGGAGAAGAUCCGAUGUGCAUCCUGUUGGGGGCUGCAUGAAUCCAAUGAACCACGCACAAAACUGGGAGAAAUCCUGACAUGGGCCAGGAGCAGCUUCUUCAUCCUGAACUGGAUCGGCUUUGACGAUGACGAGCAGCUGGCUAGGAGAGUCCUCCUGUGUGGGAAAGCCAGGGAAGAGGAAGGGGGUCUCUCGCAGGUGCUGUGAAGAGACCCUCUUCACAGCAGAAGUGUUGGGCCAAUCCAGUUGGCAAGCAGGUCCAAGAGGACUGAUUUGCUGGAGGUCGGCCUUAGAGCUGUGCCGGCCAGCCACAGGUAGGCCCUGCCCAGACCCAUCCACUGCGAUGCCUCCCAAGGGACGAGGGAAGGCAGGCUGUCCCGGACUCUUUGGCCAGAAUCCACAGGAACCCUUGGGGAGCAGCUGGCCUGGAGAAAGCCCGUCCUGAUUAGUCCUGGGCUCUCCUUGGAGUGGUUGUGCCAUGAAGGACUUGGGGCGCCAGGCUGGCUGCUGUCAAGGGAGGCGGAGGUUAUCAACUGGAGCCCCAGAGAAGAUGGGCAGAAAAGGACAGAAAAGCAGGUUGGUGGCACAAUGCCUGCCCCAUGCAGAAAAGGGCCAGGCUGUGUGGAAGACAAGAUGUGGGGGGUCAGCUGGAGUCUCUCUGUCUCUUGACCAUCUUCCACCUCACGGAGGCCAAAAAGGAAAGCGGUGGCCGAACUCUGAGGCCCUAGGAGUGGCUGGGUCUUGGAUAGUUGCUCCCAGCAGAAGGCAAUCAGAAUUGGGCCUGUCUGCCUGGCUGGCUGGCAGAGUGUGGAACAUGACACGGGGCAGCAUCUGUGCUGGCAUGUCUGCAGUGAAGCCCCCAAAAGAGGGGUUGUGAGGUGGGCAGCAUUGAAAAACAAGGAAAAGUUGCUUCCCCCACCUUCUCCUCCUUCCCCUCCUUCCCCCUCUCCCACUGCCUACCUGGCCUCUUUAAGAAAAAGGGCAAGAUUUUUUUCAACUUGUGUGCUCCUGGCCCCCUCCUCCCCAGGGGGCUGGGACUGGAAGGAACGCGAAAGACUGGGGGAAAGCUGUCCCCAUGACCGACCAGCCGUGCUGUUGUUUCAAGGUGCUCAUGGUUUUCUUAUUGGCAGUACAAUUGCCCUGCCGGUCCCUGCAUUGAGAGGGAAUCACGAGUCCCAUGUUCUUCCCCACUGUGGCUGCCGUUUCUUUGUUGUUUGGUGCCGAGUGUUUUGUAGAAGAGCGUUCAAUAAAGAGUCAUUGCUUUGUAA